CGCCCCUUCUGCAGAGUUAAGGAUCUCUUUUCCUGCGGUUAGCAACAUAUGACACACUGCAUUGGCGCAUUGACUUGCUCGAUAAGUUUUUAUCCUUUUUACUUUGAAUAAACAUCUCGACAUAAAAGUAAUUAAUCUGAGGCGGUCCACUCGGACUACUGCUCGGUGCGUUUCUUUCUACAAUGGGCAACAGAGACGAUGAGUACGAUUUCUUGUUCAAAGUGGUACUGAUUGGAGAUUCUGGCGUUGGAAAGAGUAACUUGCUUUCGCGUUUUACGCGGAACGAGUUCAACCUGGAGAGCAAGAGCACAAUAGGCGUGGAGUUCGCCACCCGCAGCAUCCAAGUCGAUGGGAAGACGAUAAAGGCGCAGAUAUGGGACACCGCCGGGCAGGAGCGGUACAGAGCCAUUACUUCGGCCUACUAUAGGGGAGCAGUGGGUGCCCUCUUAGUUUAUGACAUUGCCAAACAUUUGACCUAUGAGAAUGUGGAACGUUGGUUGAAGGAGUUGAGAGACCACGCUGACAACAACAUCGUCAUAAUGCUUGUGGGCAACAAGAGUGACCUGCGGCACCUCAGAGCUGUGCCCACUGACGAGGCCCGUGCCUUCGCAGAGAAAAACAAUCUUUCAUUUAUUGAAACCUCAGCCUUGGACUCAACAAAUGUGGAGGAAGCUUUCAAAAACAUCCUGACAGAGAUCUACCGUAUUGUAUCACAGAAGCAGAUUGCAGACCGAUCAGCCCAUGACGAGUCGCCGGGCAACAACGUGGUGGACAUCAGCGUCCCACCCACCACAGACGGACAGAGGGGGAACAAACUGCAGUGCUGCCAGAACCUGUAGCGGUGAUCAUCAGCUCUCGCACUCAUCUCUCCUUCUCUCUGGGUCUCUGUUUCUA